AGUUUUUGUCUGGUUAACUUAAUGAAAGAACAAGAAGAGGUUGGUGAGGAAAUGACUAAUUUCACAGACGUUCCACAACAUAAGUUCAACUAUAAAUGGGUAAAAAAAAAGUAUUGUUAUAUUGUUUAAUGAAUUGAAAAAUGGAACUGUAAGAGUAAAAGUUAGGCCUUUGCAUAUAAGUGAAGAUACUGUAAGUCUUUGGGAGACGUUUAAAGAAAGUCAGGGUGCUGCAUAAAACCACCAUAUUGUGGACUCUUUUCUGAUAUUACACUUACUGUAAAGCUCGAUCCCUUAGUCAGUUGAUUUGGAAAUCUAGCCUACUAAUACACAUUCUUGAAGGUUCACAUCAAGACUCGUCUUUGUUCUGGCUUGUACAUUAGGUGGUGGAAUGUAGAAGUAGAAGUUCCUCUAGAUGUCUGACGAUCUGAGUCACUUCUGAGUCUUCAUUCUUACGACGUGUGAAGACAUACCUCUUCUCCAAAUACUUAAAAAAAAAUAAAAUAAAUGUGUUCUUCUUGCUAUAUUCGAUCCUAGUCGAGUUUUAGACAGAGAAUAGACUUAUUCCAUGACCUAGUGAACCAGCGUCGAUGUAUUUAUUUAUAGAAACUUUGAAAGCACUUCUGUAAGACGUCCUGGAUAAUAUCAUAAAUGUACUGAUAUGCAUUUGUGUGACCAUUUGUAGGAACGCUGUAAAGCUUAGAGGCAGAAAUGUUCUUACAUGAAUACAUUCUAAAGCUUAUAUUUGAAUUCCUGCAGGUUUCCAUGCCAACUGUGGUGGCGCAGUUAAAUGACCAAAGUCUCAUGACCCAGAGUCCACACUGAACUUUUUGUUUAACAUGUCGUCACCCGGAGUUACUGCUAUGAGUUUCAGUUUGCUUCACACCACACAGGGCAUGAGCUCUGCAGCCUUGGAUAUAGAAGUGAUUUCUAGAUAUAGCCAGUCAGCUUGAUUCUUGGAGAACGCAGAGCGACACAGAGUGACGGUAUCAGUCCUUGGCACAGCAGCCGGCUAUAAACAGAACGUAUUUCCAUGCUGGAUUUCGUGGCCUGAAUUUGAUUCCAGUUAUAAAGACAGCAGAAAGCAUAAGGCAAAAAAAAAAAAAAAAAAGAAGAUAGAAAAUGUCAGAGGCUAAACAGGCCUUUGUGACACUGGCUACUAGUGAUGCCUACAUCAUGGGGAGUCUAGUGGUGGGCAAGUGCUUGCGAAGGCAUGGAACAACUCGAAAACUGGUGGUUAUGGUUUCUCCUGACAUUAGCAGAGAGGCACGUUUGUCUUUGGAAGACGUGUUUGAUGAGGUUAUAGUGGUGGACAUGUUGGACAGCAGGGACAGGGCUCAUCUCUUCUGGCUAGGACGUCCAGACCUGGGCGUCACAUUUACCAAGCUUCACUGCUGGACGCUUAUACAGUACACCAAAUGUGUGUUCCUGGAUGCCGAUACACUUGUGCUGUGUAACGUGGACGAGUUGUUUGAACGAGAAGAGCUCUCGGCAGCUCCAGAUCCAGGUUGGCCCGACUGCUUCAACUCUGGCGUGUUUGUAUUCAGGCCAUCACUGGAGACCCACUCACGCCUGCUGGAGCAUGGCAGGACGUGUGGCAGCUUUGAUGGAGGUGACCAGGGAAUUUUAAACACUUUUUUCAGUGACUGGGCAAUAAAGGACAUCAAUAAGCAUCUACCGUUCAUUUACAACCUCAGUGUCAAUGCAAUCUACACUUAUUUACCAGCUUUCCACAAGUAUGGCCAUCAAGCAAGGAUCGUCCACUUCCUGGGAAGGAACAAGCCUUGGCAUGUUUCAUACAAGCAGCAACCGUCCACUGAGGUUGCUCAAUGGGAUUCCAACAGGAACUUGGAGAAAUUUGUCAAUCUAUGGUGGGCAGAGUACUACAGUCACACAAAAACACAUGUAAAUGUGUCUUAUGAGCUCAAGGAUGCUGAACCGAUCGAGCAGCUGGAAAUGUUAGCGGCCGCACCAUGUUCCACCCAUGUAGCCGCUUUGCCUCAUAGGUCACCACCCUCUGCAACAUCACCCACCGCUCCUCCUCAUCCUCACAGUUGUGAAUCCGUCUCUCAGGCCGAGGACAGAGAAGAGAGAAUACCCAGUGAAUCACUCGGGAAGCUGACGUUGAAUGCGUCAAGCUCAAGUACAUGUCAUCAGCUGGAGGAGACGUGCUCUAAUCCUGAUGUGGUAUCUGCUGCUGAUCCUGAAGAUUUGGACAAAUCUGAGCAUCAGGAACCACCAGCUGAACAACAACAGGAAGAAGAAGAAGUCUCAGGAGCAGAAGGUGUCCUCAUGGAAGCCUCAUCAGACACUGCCAGACUGGAGGCUUUAAAAGAGAAUUUGGAGCAUCGGAAGAGAUGGGAAGAGGGUCAGAUUGAUUACCUGGGAAAAGAUGCCUUCGAAAACAUCCGUCUAAAACUCGACCAGUUUCUCAAUUAACACGUUUUAUGAGUAUGAGUGCGCAUCAGGAUUGAGGAGGAGUGGCCGAGCGCGCGCUUCACACUCCUUCCUUCCCCAAACACUUCCACUGAGGGCUGGACAACUGUGAGACUUUCCUCAAACACUGAUCCAGGGAGGAAAAGAUGCUUGGGUGCUCUAAGAAGCAAUUCAGGAAAUUGACUCACAUUUUCCACUUAAGCUCAGUGUAGUCAAUCAGCCAAGAUGUGUUUGGUGUCAAAAUUCUUCUUUAGUUUUUUAGCACUGGAGCUAGGUAAUGGAAACUUAUGAUCAGCAUUGAGCUUUGGGGUACUGGGAGCUCAAUCGAAGAGGUUCUAUGAGGAUAUACUGUAGAGAACCACUUUAGGGGCAAGUUCAUCAAGUUUAGUGGGAAUCUCAUGUAGAAAUCAUCAUACACCUGCUUCAAAACAGUACAUCUGCAUUUUAUUAUAUUAGCAUCGUCAUAAUAAUAAUAAUAAUAAUAAUAAAUGUAUUGUAUGUAAUGUAUAAAUGUAAUGUAUAAAUGUAAUGCAUUUAUAAAAACAAAGCAAUUACAAACAGUGCCACAGACCUAAAUACACAACAACAUCAAUAAU